CUGCUUAAAUAUCCCUCUUAUUUUGAAUAGGACUUGCCUAAUUUGGCCUUGUAUGAUUUGAAUCGAUACCUUUAGGGACUAAUAAAGAACGUUCUUUUGUUUUGUUUUCUGUAGUGCUCUACCACCGUUUUGCAGAAAGAAUGGAGUAUUGAAGUGUUCCCACGCAGGUAAGAAUGACAAAAAGUAGUACAUGUUCAAGGUCAUGUACGCGGCCAUGGGAGAAACAUGAAAAGGAGGAACGCCGGUCUCCACUUAACGAAUACGCGAGGCGUCUUCCUUACGCAUGGCCAACAUGGCCCCGACGACGAACCGCCUUUCACCUCCGUAAAAAAAAAAAAAAAAAAAAAAAAACGAAAGGUUUGCCAUUUCGUCGUUCCGUCCUCGCCGAAGAUACCCACAUUCUGUGGGUCACGUGGUCUUGACGUGGUUAGUGGGAGUCGGUCAGUGACAGGAGUGGCCGCUGUGGCUGCGCAGCCCUUUAUAAAUCCCCUUGGUCCUGACACAGGGUUCCAGUGUUGAUCCAGGAGCUGAGGCAGGGAAGCAGGAAGUUUAUCUGGGUCAGUAGCACCAUGCUGGGCAGCGGUCGCCACCUUCCACUCCUCCUCUGGGUCACUGUGAUGGUGGUCAGCGUGCUGGGACACGCUGGCGACCUCAAGUCAAGGUCUCUGACCGGUUUUGCUUUGGCGGAAGAACGACAGCUGAUCAACGACCUACAAGGGGUUUUGGAGAGAUUGAAAAACAAGCGCUUUCUGCCUCACGCGAAGAAACACAGCCUGUUGCCCAUGUGUGACGCAGGAGAGCAGUGUGCGCUGAGGAAAGGAGCCCGGAUCGGGAAGCUGUGUGACUGUCAACAGCCGAGAGCCUGCAGCUCCUUCAUGCUGCGCUGCCUGUGACGGGACCUGCCGUGUGGUUGAUUACCGUUGGCUUUUGCCACUUCAAAAUGGCCUCAAAACCUGGGAAUGGGCGAGGACUGGGGAUGGGUGUAACACCACCACGCCUGGAACUUAAUAGCGAUUAUCGUAUCCAUAUGUCCUUAAUGGCAGUUGCUAAAUG